AUGCUUUUAAAUGAUGAUUUUGUCGUUUUUUUCCUAGUGAAAAAUUUAAAAUAUGUCGAAGUUCAAACAAAACUAGGUGAACUUUUACAUUCUGAUCAAUCAUUUGUUGUCAACCUUACGUGCUCCAAUAACUAUAAUCAAAGUAUUGAAUGUCCCAACGGAUAUUGUCAAUUGAUUCGUAGAGGUACAUCCAAUAUUGAUCGAAAAUGUAUUCCUCAAGGUGGCAAUAUCAAUCCAUCAGGUAUAAUGAUUGAAUCAAAUACCAUGGAAGGACAAGAUGCUGAAAGUACUUUUACUUACGCAUGUACCAAACAAAUGUGUAAUGGAAUAACAACUGGUGAAGAAGUACAAACCUUAUUGAUGCAAUAUGGACUAUUACCAACACCAGAUAUAAUAUCACCGUCUGUACAAGAGACAACAACAGCACAAACCUUAUCAAAACCGAACACAGCAAUGGCAAUAUUAUAUAAACCAAUGAUGAAUUUGCAAUGGAUGCUUCUUUUGAUAAUAACAAUGUUUUUAAAAAUAUAA